AGUUUAUCAUCACACAAUUUGGACGUACACAUGAGUGUUUUUUUUUUUGCCGCGCGAUCUCUGCGCUGAACAGUUGUUCACUGUACAUAUUCAUUACUGGGUAAAGUCGUCUUUGUAAAAAGCUGGCAGGUGAUUGAUCUAUUGGAGAUUAUUUACCAAUGCUGAGAUGUCGGAAUUACAGUUGUGUUUUUCGUGACUGAUUAACAUCAGAGUUAAAGCAGAAAGGAAUUUGCGACUACGGGCUGUUUUCAACGCUGGCACCACCAGGCAGGUGAGUUCGGUAGCUACGCGCUAUAUACCAAAAGCGAUGGGGGAAAUUUGAGUGAGAACACAACGUAAUAUCAAAACGACACCGUGUCAUCCUGUUCUACGUACACAAUAAUAAUGGGGCGUUAUAUGAGAUAAAAGCUUAUAGGAUUAUUUCCAGACACAAUUCUUCACCUUGUGAAAAAAACGAACCCAACAAUAACAACGUUAACCAUUCUUAUAUCGUAUACAACCGGCAAAAAGUCUGGUACCGGUUUCCAAGCGAAUCGAAGCGUGACUGUGGUUCCACGCCGUCUACAUGAACCAACAAUACUCCACUUUGCACCGUGAUUCUUCGAAGGACUUUUUAUAAUAUAGUGCAUCCCCUCUGAUUUCUGAGAGAAUGGAGUGAACACUCUACACGAAUGUCAACGUCAACUUCUGAUCUGUGUUGCUAGGAAGAACUCAAUAGAAAACACUCGUUAUGAUGAUCUCUGUUGUGUGGUAAUUGUAUGAGUUGGGUUUAGGGUUUAACAACAUUUCAGUGGAAGAGUCUAUCGUCUGUGUUUGACAAGAAGAACGGCACCCAAUUCAACGGACAAGUGGGGCUAUACUUGUGCUGUGGUCGACAUUAUUCAAUGGAAUAACGCUUGAUAACAAAAUCAACAAUAACCCUGGAAUUUACAGUUUGGCAUUCUUGUGCUAAUUGACUGCAAUUUGACGUGUAGCGUUGUAUUGAAUACUUAGCAUUGGAACGAAGGUCGAGUUAGUACCACAACCUUGUGUUAUAGGAAUUAACAAGAAUAGCAAGCUACCUCGAUGGUCAAAGUGUUGACAUGUUCUGAUGAGGCUGCUGGUAAUAGAGCUGUAAACAAGAUGACGGCACUGUGAACAUUCUCUUUGGAUUCUAUUGACUUAUUUUCGCGAUUUGUUAAUACUUCAACUGGGGACAGUUUGUCAAACCGAACUUUGUUGUAAUUUCUUUUUUAGUGUUUCGGGCCAAUUGGAAUCAUGACAACGGUGAAUUUAACACAGGAGCAAUGCGAGGCAACGUUGUGUGAGGACCCAGACUGCAAUUACAAAUACUGGUGGAUUUUCCUCCUCUCAAGCCUGGUCACAGUCUUUCUCGGCAUGGGCCUCGUUAUCGCCGUCCGCUUCAUAACGAGGCUACCCUGUUUGAAUCGCCGGCGCCAUGUUGGUUCGCACGAAGGCGGUGGGUGUUUGUCCAGUGUCUGUCCGAUUAGUCUCAUGGAUAAGAAUGCCGAGUCCGAGAUUCACUGGAUGGAAGCUGCCAAGGACGGGGCUACCAGACUAAUGUCUGCCCAGAGUGGAUUCGGCAGAGUGUUGUUAAUAACGUACUUCUCUGUCAGCAUGGCAUCCUAUGCAAUAUACGUCAUGGACACAAGCAAGCCCAUUGAACGCUGUAUCAAAUUUAAAGGAGAUCUUCUGUUUUUCAUCGACAAUAUCUUCAAUUUCUUCUUUCUUGCUGUCCUUAUACUGAGGUUCAUCAGCUGGAAUGACAAGUUUUGGUUCUGGCUGUCUGUUAAUACACUGGUGGAUUGCUUCACCAUUCCACCGACAUUCGUGUCGUUGGCAAUGUCAAGAACGUGGCUGGGUCUUCGGUGUCUGAGAAUAAUGAUCCUAAUGCAGUUACCUGAGAUUCUACAGCUGAUUAAAGUGUUGCGGACCAGCAAUGGGAUUAAACUCACAAGCUUGCUGACCAUCGUAGCUGGUGCUUGGUUGACCUCGGCAGGCAUCUUUCACUUGGUGGAGAAUUCUGGUGAUCCUUGGAUUGAGUUUACCAACAGUCAGCACUUGACGUAUGGUGAUUGUAUCUACAUGCUCGUUGUGACCAUGUCUACAGUGGGCUAUGGUGAGAUCACACCCAAGACGACGUGCGGGACUGUCUUCAUCGUCUUCUUCAUUCUUGGAGUCUUGGCUAUCUUCGCCAGCGCUCUGCCUGAAAUUGUUGAAAUCGUGGGACAAGGGAGCAAGUACUCCGGUGUCUACGAACCCGUCAAGGGGAAGAAGCACAUUGUAGUCUGUGGUCACAUCACCUACGAUAGCGUCUCCAACUUCCUGAAAGAUUUCCUUCAUGUCGACAGAGAUGUCGUCAAUGUUCACAUCGUACUGCUGGACACGUAA